AUGGCUGAUGCGAAUUUUUCUCGAGGCCAAAAUCAUGUCAAUGCAUACAGUAUUGUUGUCAUUGGCUUCAUUGCCCUCAGCUCGGCGGCUUAUGGCUACACAGCUGCGAAUAUUGCCACAACUCUGACCCAGCCAUCCUUCCAAGAAGAUAUGGGGCUCGUGAAUAACCCGAAUGCUAGUACUAUUACGGGAACAAUCAACGGCAUAUACCAAGCAGGCGCCGUCUUUGGGGCUUUCUUGGCGGGGUGGAUGAGCGAUAGAUUUGGCCGAAAGUUCACUGCGGCAAUCGGAAACGCAAUUAUUCUUGUCUCUGGUGCUUUGCUCACGGGUUCAGUCAAUCCGGCUAUGUUCAUUGUCUUCCGCUUUUUCAACGGAUUGGGAUCUUUCCUUAUCCAGAAUAGCGUUCCAGUUUGGAUUGCUGAGCUUGCACCUCCCGGGAUCCGUGGCGCUGUCUCUGAUGCGCAUGCUCUUCUGAUGCUAUUUGGAUAUUGCAUUGCAAGUUUUGUAGGGCUGGGAUUCUAUUUUGUCCCUGGAGAGAGCCAGUGGAGAGGGAUCGUCGGAAUUCAAAUGCUACUUCCAACAAUUAUUUUGUGUGGGAUUUACUGGAUGCCCGAGUCCCCUCGCUAUUUGCUUUCUCGUGAUCGAACCGAGGAGGCGUGGGAAAUUGUGAAGCGACUCCAUGCCGAUAAGAAUGAUCCCGGUACUCAUGAAUCUGCUACCAGGGAAUUCUAUCAGAUGAGGAAGCAGAUCGAGCUUGAUAUUCGCUUCCGGACCUCAUACUGGGGUAUUUUUACGAACGCGUCCCUACGCAAGCGAGCUAUCAUGACGGUAUUUUUGGAAUUUAGUAUUUACAGUUGUGGAGUUCUAGUCAUUUUGAACUAUGGAUCCGUCGUAUGGGCAAGCCUUGGCUUUGACACGGUCCAGAUCCUGGGAUUCCAAGUCGGAUUCCAAUCCAUCGGUCUUGUCACCAACGCUCUUUCCAUGCUAUGGGUUGAUCGUGUGCCCCGACAUUGGUUCAUUUCUUUCGGGCUUGGGGCCUGCGCAGUCCUUAUGGCCAUCGAAGCCGCUCUACAGAGUUUCUACCUAGAAGGCACGAAUCGGGGUGGGCUCAUCGCUAGCGCUACCAUUAUUAUGCUAUUCCAAGCUACCUUUUGUGCAUUCUUGGAUGGACCGACCUAUUUCUAUAUCACCGAGAUAUGGCCGAGCUACGCCCGUUCUCAGGGUCUGGCUCUCGCCAUGUGCACAUUUGCCCUAACUAACCUGAUGUGGCUGGAGGCGGCACCAUACGCCUUCGAAGCUAUUGGUUGGAAAUUCUACACGAUUUUUGUCGUCGUUCCGGCCAUCGCCGCUGUCAUAAUCACCUUCACCUAUCAUGACACUAGACAUAAGCCGCUGGAGGAGAUUGCGGCCUUGUUUGGGGAUGCGAACCAAGUGGCCGUGUAUCAACAAGAGUUGGACAGAAAAGGGAUUACUAUAGAUGAUAUGGAAAUUGAGCCUCGGAAGGAGACUGCUGGGGUCCAGGAAGUAGAAAAUGUGAAAGAGCAAGCGUGA